AUGCAUUGUCAGGAUAUGUGUCUAUUACAAACAUAGGUUUUAAAGGCAAAGCAAAUUUUAUCUGAAAGUAUUUUAAAUUCAAAUUUAGAUCUUAGAUUUAAAUAAAACUUCUGUUGCUGUUGAUAUUUUGGUUAUUAUGAAAAUCUUACUCAAUUGGGAUAUUAAGUCAUUUUAGGAAUAAAUGGAUCAUUUUAACAAUUAAAUGAUAAUUAAUUCUUUUAAAUUUUUACAAGCGAAAACCUUAAUUACAUAUCUAGAUCUAAUUAGACACUUGCAAAUUGCUUUUAUGGAUUGA